AGUCACCGACAAACACCGGAGCAUCAGCAGCAUGAGAUGAAGGGAUAGCACAUGCACCCGUGACCGUAUGUACAAACGUGGCGCGCAGUGACUUGCCUGUGACUGCAUCGAUGCCGCCGAAUUCUUCGUCGGUGCAAGUACUCUGGUCUAUGUUACAUGCACAGAUGACUUCCUGUUGCCAACGCUGGCAACGGACAAAAAAGCCUCUCCGCCGACCUGAGCGACCUCUGCUGCUCUGCAGCGUCCCGAAGAUUGGUUGUCCUGACUCCUUCAGGCUUCCUCCGUUUUCUGGGUGCUCGUACAAUCGUUUGCAGCGGCACACACUCAGCAGUUGGCGAGAUCCACGACAUUCCACAGCACCUAUUUACGCUACAGUGCUGCAGUGCUGCAGGAACCCGUUCGUUGUUCGAUGGCUGCGACUCUGCGAGCGAUGGCCUUGCCAACACACCCCCAUCCCCCAUCCCCCAUCCCCCAUCCCCCGGCCCAACGGCAACCGACAAAACAACGGAGAGAAAUUUCGGCAGCCUUUACCGCUUUCCUACUCUAUUCUACUUUACUAUUAUACCGGCACCCAUUUUCCGCUUGAUGGGUUUUGGUCUAUCGGAUACGAACGUCAAUAUAAACGGUCGCGGCGUUAGUUGCGAGGAUUGAUGGAUACACACCUGCCUACAUACCGGUACUUACCCACCGGGCGGCCUGGCGGCCGGGCCCCCUGUUUA